AUGGCGUCUAGUGACUGUCACGCAGAUCAACAACAAGUUUGUCAGAAUCUAUGCUCUUCGUUUCUGACGUCAAGCAGUUCUGUUACAUCACAAGCAAACGAUUUGACGCAAGGGCGGCCUGGAAAACGAGGUCCAACUGGGCCAAAAGGCGACAAUGGAGAAGUUGGUCCCUACGGAAUCGUAGAUUACGACCGAGUUGGCGUUAUGCUGGAAAGAAAAGUUGGCAACGCUGUUGCAACAAUCAAUACUCGUGUCGAAGAAAUGGCAGAAAAAUUAGAAACAGCACUGAUCAGAAUUAACGACACGAUUGAGAAGUUAGAAGAAAAAAUUUCAGACCAUUGCUCCACGCUGUUAUACAAUGAAAAAUGUUUUGAAGUCAUUUUGCAUAAAGAAUCGGGUGUUCAGUAUACAGAGGGUGGCAAUCUGUGCAAGUCCAAAGGUUGGAAGCUUGCAAAUAUUUACUCAAUGGAACACUACAACCUAAUACUUGAAUACUUACGCAAAGAAUCAGGAAAUAUUUAUGUAUGGCUUGGAAUGACCUACAACACAAGAACUAAACGUGUGAUGCUUUCAAACGGAGCAAGAGCACCCACAUUUCCUUGGCACACCGGCUAUCCUAAUACUUUGCCAGAAGAAAAUUUGAUAGGCUUGGCCUCCAAAAUGAAUCCGCAGUCAAUAACUCAAGGUUUACACAAUGCUAGUCCAGGAUGGACAAGAAUGGGAGCUUUGUGUGAAUAUUAAUUAAAUUGAUGAACAACCAACCCAAAACAAGUUUACGCAACUUGUUACACAAACUUAUAUCAUAAACAGGCUGGGGAAAUUUUAUUCAAGAAUAAACUCAUUACUUAUUGGAAAGGCUUCACUAUUCGGGUGUUUAAAUAUGUUGCCUACUACUACAUCUCACUACUACUCAAUGUAUUGCUAUGUUUAUGUGUGUGUAAAAAUAAUUUUUGGUGUUAAUUACAAUCAGAAAACCUGUGAUGUGCACAGAUAAUUUAUCUUUACGAUUUCAACGAAAACAUUGGAUAUGAAUAGUUUUAAAAUGUACUACUUGUUAUUUAUUGGUGGGAUUCAACAUUUUAGGAACGGGUUCUCUUUUGUAUCGAUGACAACCGCUUUACAAGAAUCUAGUACGCAACUUGCAAAACGCCAAAUCGGUGGUGCACGUAAUCCGUUUGCUGAUGUCGUCAAACCCUGACAUGUGCAAACUACGGCCUGCGGGCCAAACACGGCCCGUUAAGUAAUUCAAUUUGGCCCGCCUGAUGCUGACACAACCAAACUAAAACUGAUGUUUGCCAUUUUUGGA